UCUCUUCGUAUCCUCAUAAGCUUCUCUUCGUUGGUAGGAUAAGAAAGGAAGGGUUCCUUCCCCUCCCUGAAUGCUUCAAAGGCAAUAAUCUUUCCUUCUUCUUCUUCGAAGAAGAGGAGUCUUCUAGGGGAGGUCAUAGAGAGAGAAAUUACAGAGGAACAGGGAGACUUCAUGGCCAUGGACGCCUCUGCUACCAAUGAUGGCGUUGCUGGGCUCAAAGAUAAGGAGUCAAUGGUGGACCCCUUCUUGGUUGAGGCUCUCCAGAACCCUCGUCACCGUCUCACCAUUUUGAGAAUGGAACUCGAUAUCCAGAAGUUUUUGAGCAGUCCUGAUCAGCAGCAAUUUGAGUUCCAACAUUUUCCUACUUCCUACCUUCGACUCGCUGCACAUCGUGUUGCUCAACACUAUGGCCUUCAAACUAUGGUUCAGGAUAUUGGCUUAGACGGUCAGGGAAAUAGAAUUUUGGUGAGGAAAACAGGAGAAAGCAGACACCCUGCUGUGUCUUUAUCUGAAAUACCUGCAAAUCAGCCAGAAAAUGAUAAACCUGAGAAGAUUAAAAUUGUCAUCAGGCCGAGGCCGAACAGAGGAUCUGUAAAUGGAGGUAAUGAUGUUGGUAUCAGACGAAAUCCUGUGAGAAGUGUAGAGGAGAGGAAGGAGGAGUAUGACAGGGCACGGGCUCGCAUCUUUUGUAGCCCUAGCAGUCCUGACUCAGAUGAUACAUUUUCUCAGGUCCCAAUGGAAAAUAUUUGUUUGAGCAGGGAUGAGACCGAAGGUUUCAGGAAUUCUAUGAUCAACCAAGAAAAUAAAACUGAAAUCAGGGAUGCUGGCACUUCAUCUCGAGUUGCCAUUUUCAGAGAUAGGGAAAAGGAUCGUACCGACCCAGAUUAUGAUCGUAGUUAUGAGAGGUAUGUUAGGAACCUUCCAUCCAAUCAAAAUUAUAACUUGGUGCCUUUCAAUAUGCAAAAGGUACAACACCCAUUUGUGCAGUACGAUACUGGUUUUUCUCAGUUAGGUCAGAUGCAGAGGACGCUCAGCUACAGGCCUCCAACGAGCCUGGCUAUGGGCCCUUUUUCUGCCAUGGGAUUGAAUCAGACAUCUAGAGAUGCUACAUACAUGCAGUGGCCAAGUGCUGCUAUGAUGUAUGCACAUUCGUAUGAGCCAUUUAGACAUGCUGUUUUCCAGGCUCCGCUCUGUCAGCAGCCACUGAGCUUUGAUUAUUCACAGAAUCAUUAAGUGCCAAUUAUGUGGGGAUCUGGAUUACACUACCGAUUCAUUUGUAGACCGUUAUACUUUAGGCCGCUUUGCUAUUAGGUUUUAUUGUUUGAGACUGUUAUGGACCUCUGUUACAGUUCUAGUUUGUUUCUUCUUCUU